GGGAUGGAGCAUGGGAACCACACAGAGGUGACAGAGUUCCUGCUGCUGGGGCUGUCCCAGACCCGGGAGGUCCAGCUUUUCCUCUUUGUCCUCUUCUUGCUUUUCUACAUCAUCAUCCUCCCAGCCAACAUCCUCAUCAUCCUCAGCAUUUGGGGUGACCCCCACCUGGGCUCCCCCAUGUAUUUCUUCCUGGCCAACCUGGCCUUCCUGGACAUCUGCUACUGCUUUAUCAUCCCCCCGAAGGUACUAAGCCACUUCUUGUCCCACCACAAGACUAUCUCCUACGGGGGAUGCCUGGCCCAGCUCUUCUUUCUCCACCUCCUAGGAGGGGCUGAAAUCAACCUGCUCAUGGGCAUGGCCUUUGAUAGGUAUGUGGCCAUCUGUCAGCCUCUGCGCUACACCACUGUGGUGAGCAGAGGGGUCUGCUGGGCCCUGGUAGGGGCUGCCUGGGCCCUGGGGUUCAUGCACUCAUUUAUCCAGGUCAUCCCCAUUGUCCAGCUCCCCUUCUGUGGCCCCAAUGAGCUGGACAGUUUCUUUUGUGACAUCACCCAGGUGAUCAAGCUGGCCUGCACCGAUGUCUAUGUGCUGGAGUUCUUCAUGUUCUUCAACAGUGGCCUGGUCACUUUGCUGUGCUUCAUCCUCUUGCUCAUCUCCUAUGGGGCCCUGCUGGUCCGGCUGUGGGCAGGUGGCUCCUCAAAGGGGAUGAGCAAAGCAGCCUCCACCUGCAUCACCCACAUCAUAAUCAUCAUCAUCAUGUUCAGCCCGGCCACCUACAUCUACUGCCGGCCCUUCCGCAGCUUCCCCCUGGACAAAGUGGUGGCCGUGUUCCACACCGUGGUCUUCCCCCUGCUGAACCCCAUCAUCUACACACUCAGGAACAAGGAGAUCAUCAGUGCCAUGAAGAGGCUGCUGGGCAGAUACGGGCUGUGGAGAGGGAAAUAGAAGAAGAAGAAGAAGAAGAAGAAGAAACUGAGGGGGUCAACAAGCAUGUGGCAAGGGGGAUCCAGUGGACAUAGUAUACUUAGAUUUUCAGAAAGCCCUUGACGAAGUCCCUCACCAAGAGCUCUUAAGCAAAGUAAGCUAUCAUGGGACGAGAGGGAAGGUGUCACACCCCAAUGCCCUCCUCCCCGUAGGGAGUCCCCUGGGGAAGGCAGAUCAGCAUUAUAUGUGAUUAACUCUGUUGCAAGCAUUGCAAAGCAUUUUGGGGAAGGUCAAAGGUGUGUAAGUGGAGAGUGGAAGUUUCCUUUGUAGGUAAGAAAGGCCGAAAGGGGAGGAGAAAGAAAGCAGAGAAUGGGUUAACUCAACCCUGCAGCUAGCAAGCUCAGUCUGAAGAUAAGAUGCUGGCCUCCACCCAAGGACACUGCUCACAGCUGAGACUUGGCAGACAAAUGAGAAAGACUGGGGCUUGAAAGUUGCCUGAGAGGCUGUGGGAAACUGACUACACUGACCUGCACCUGCAGGACAGCAAAGCCAGAGGAGAGGAAAACAAAGCCCAGGGCUGCCAGUCUGAAAACACAGGCGAGAUAACAAAAGGGGGCACCGAGUCAGGCGUCCCUGAAGCUAGGAUGUUUUGGGAAAGGGAACAAGACCAUAGCAAGCCUGUUUGGACUGGUACAAAGAGCACCAGGAACAGAGGGCUCUGGACGAAAACACCCCCAAAGCAGCCCAGGACUUAAAACCCUCCUGAGAGCUGGAGCAA